CUCUUGAAACAUAUGCUAGGCAAUAAGUUCUUCGAUGGUGACAACCAGAAAGGAUUUAUGCCUGCAAAGGCUGGGUGCUUAGAGCAUACAUCACUUUGUUAUGAGGCGAUGCGUGAUGCAAAGACGGCAAAACGCCAAAUUUGCAUUGCGUGGAUAGAUUUGAAGAAUGCAUUUGGUUCAGUGCGCCACAAUCUGAUACAGUAUGCUCUAACCCACUACAGCCUUCCUUUGCAAUUCAGGAAAUUAAUUUUUUCCUACUACGACAGUCUUUGCGCUUUCGUCGUACAACCACACACACCCACCUUUAAUUACAACAUUGGUGUUUUCCAGGGGUGCCCCUUGUCCCCGGUCCUUUUCAAUAUUUGUUUCCAGCUUCUGCUGGACUCACUUGCAGCCCCUGAAUUAAGUUGCCUCUCCUAUGAUUUUAAAUCUGCCCCUUUGCAAGUGUCCCAAACAGCUUUUGCUGAUGACUUAGGCCUCUAUAGCAAAUCUAGUGCAGGUUGUCAAAAACUCAUUGCGGUCACGGAGGACUUUCUCUCGUGGACCCAAUGUAUGCAGGCGGCGCCGCACAAAUGCAAAAGCAGUGCAGCAAAGCUUGUAGAUGGCCGGUACAAACCUUACGAUCCCUGCCUGACAAUGUCAGGGAGGAAGAUCGCUUUCAUUGACACUGCAGAGUUCAAGUUCCUGGGGCGAAGGCUGCAUGCUGAUUGCUCUGAGCAGACCCAGCGGGAAGACAUCCGUCAACUCACUGUAUCUCUCAUGCAAAAAGUAGAUGGCUCUUGGCUUCAAGACCACCACAAGCUAUGGCUUUACCACCAUCUUGUAGUGCCCAAGCUUUCUUGGUCUUUCCAGGUUCUUGAACUCACACAAGGUUUUGUACGUGAACUGCACUUUAUGUGUUUACCAUUUCUGAAGAAAUGGUCAGGCCUACCUCGAUGCGCAAACUCUGCCAUUCUUUUUAUUGGCAGUCGCAAACGCUUUGGCUUACGCCUCCACUACCUUCCUACGGUGUGGAAAAAGUGCCAGUCCAUCAAAUGGCACAUUCUUCGAUCGAGUGGGGACGCGCGCAUGAGGGCGCUGUACACUCUGCGUCGGAGUAAGGAUGCGAAGCUGACAAAGCGAUAUGCGGCGACAAUAGAGCUGGAGUGUGCAGAGGCAUCAGUAGGUUCAGGGACUCUCCGUCCACCGUCAUCUUCAAGUCAUCGUGCAGGGUUGGGUGCUCGUGCUCCGAAGCAGCAUUCCAAACCCCCAAGGAAGGAUCUCCUUCAAACAUUUGAGGAGAUCAACGCGCAGGAGCAGAUUUUGAGGCUGAAGACUCUUCAGGUGCAAGGCAAGUGGUUGGAGUGGACAUCGGUGAUGUGGCAGGACCUCUCGUGGAAAUCCCUUUUGUACGGUGGUACUGGUAAGGAUUUGAAAUUUCUUCUCGCAUCAACCCUCGACGUGCUACCUUCUCCGACGAACCUACGCCGUUGGGGAAACACCGUAGUGGAUCCGUACUGUAGUUUGUGCCGUACCUGGGCCUGUACUACGCGCCACGUGCUUGGCGCUUGUCGCGUAGCGCUGGACCAGGGACGUUACACCUGCACCUGGAGGCACGACAACGUACUCGGGGUCAUCGUCAGGAACAUGCGUGAGGAGAUUCGAAUCCGCACUGCUGCAAACACCGUACAAACCGAAAAUUCAAAUGAGCUUGACUUCAUCUCGUUUUGCAAGGCGGGAGAGAAGCCAGUUCGCGUUCAGCCCAGACGAAAGUUGGUUACGACUGAUCUCCUGUCAGCGGCCUCAGACUGGAAACUUCUUGUCGACUCAGUUAGUGCAAAGAUUUCUUUCCCUAGCUGUGUUGCACUUACCACCCUAAGACCAGAUAUAGUUCUGUACUCUACGAGUCGUAGGAUUGUAUUCUGGAUGGAGUUGACAGUUUGUGCUGAGGACAGAUUCAGUGUCAGUAACUCGCGGAAGGACAGGCGGUAUGCGGAUCUGGCCGAUCAAUGCCGAGCAAACGGGUGGCAGGUCGUUUCUUUUUCGGUUGAGUAAGACGUCUCUGCGAAGCAGCUACAUCAUCUGGUUGCGGCGUCAACAAAAACACUGGUCGGAAGAUCCACUUUUCUGAGGUACUGUAUGUGGGGCUCCGUUUAUUGAGGUGCGUUGAAAUUUAUUCUCUUUAUCUUAUUAUUUCUUUUCUAUAAUUUCCCCAUAUGAGUUCCUAUCAGUUGCUGUGAACACCUUGAGUGGAGAGCGCUUGCUCGAGCGUUGAACCGGGUUCUUAAUCCACCAUACCCAGUUCGCAAGGCUGGGCGGGGUUGUGAGCAGGCUUUCAUUUCAUCUUUUCUUAUUAUUUCUUAUUAUUUCUGCUUUUCAUCUCAUUACAAAAAUUCUGCGCUUUUUCUCCAUCUGCGCAUAAAAUCUAGACUGACAACCUGCUUGUUAAAUCAUGCACCUGCUUUCAGGCGUAAAAACCCUGUUGUAGAGGUCUCAGUCCUCAUUUGUUAGACUUACCUGUCUUUAUAAAUGUAACUUACUCUCUCUCUCUCUCUCUCGCUCGCUCUCUCUUUCUCUCUCUCUCUCUCUCUCUCUCUCUCUCUCUCUCUCUCUCUCUCUCUCUCUCUCUCUCGGAUAUAGCAUUGGGUAACAUUUGACAUAUUAGAGAGGUUCUGCAUAACGUAAUUACGUUCGUAAAAAACGUAGUCGAUCUACGGAAAGUCUUACGUAAACUGCAUGCGCAUCUGUGUUCCGCCAUACGGAGUUUUCAAAUCACAUUGCUGCCCUUGGCAACUCCGAAUGCGGCAGUGUACGACCAGGUCGACCUGAGGAGAGAGUCAUAAAUUUGUACCCCAAUCCACUUACGGACCAGCUACGUGAUCACAGCCCUAUCUACGUACUCUACGUAGACAACUAAAGUGGAGUGCAACUCGCGAAUUCACGGGUUUUCACGCCCACUAACGUAAAGUUGCUCAACUUUACGUAGUGCGGAACCUCUCUAUUAUGUCAUUUUCACGACAGUAUCGGCUUGGCCAGGAGCAACCAGUGUGCAUUAUCAGUAGAAUCCUACCCCUGUCAUCUGCGCACUAUUUGGGCAAGUAGCUUUAAAUGUGUGUUCUGACACUUGAUUACUCUGCAUCGUUCUCACAAUAUGAAUCACCCUUACAUCCCUGUAGUGAUGGCCGAAUAUUCUCUGUAUUUCGGUGUGUGUGUGUGUGCGUGCGCUUGUGUUUGUAUUGGCAGCCAGUGAGAUAAUUAUACCUACAUACAAAGGCAUGUAGCAUUAAAAGAGGGACGGGGGCAAGUGCUGUUCGGACACAAUGGCUAGGUUGGUCACAUUCCACAAUGGGAAUCACUGGGAAUCAUUCUUGCCCGUUUGUUUGGUCAUUCCGUUAGGUUGGUCCCAUUCCAGAAUUGGAAUCGCUGAGAAUGAUUCUUUUUGGAGAAUGAUCAUUCCACCUCGUUUGCUGGAAUGAGCAUUCUCAUCCCGGAAUAAAAAAUGAUAAUGGUUUCCAUGAGCCAAACAAUGUAGCAACAGGUUCAAGUGCCUCAAAUCAUGCACUCAGAAGUACCUUGACUCUCUCAAGGGAACUAGAGUCGGGUAAAAGAGAAGAGUGCCGCCGCUCCACAACGACAUCAUGGAAUUGUGAUGUCAAGUGAUUCCUAGUUGAUUCUGGCACGUUUGUUUGGUCAGGUGAUUCUUACCAAUUCCCAUUCCAGAAUGGUCAUUUACAUUCUGAAAAUGCCCAACCAAACGCAAAUGCAUGUAUCGGUAGACGGGUGUUUGUUCGAAGAAGAGGGUACGAGGGCGUGGAAAACUUACACAUUUUCAGUAUGAAUAGUUACGAUAGUACUCAAUCUGCGGACAGAACUGUUUCGUCCUUUGUAGACUCAUCAGCGCAGCACAGAGUUACAAUAGUAUCAAUGUUCAGUUCACGACUUGCCGGAAAGCCCUGUGAGUCAGUCAACUGGCAUUGCAACUAGUGGUGUGCACUGGUAGUCGGGUACCCGUGCUACCCGUGAGGACCUCGGGUAGACCGGUACAGAAUAGUGCCCGAAAACCCGAAGUCGCAGAUGACAUCAUGUACAGUGCACGUGUACAAAUUCAUGUAAUACUCCGCAUGUCUACCCAGUGUGUAAGGGAAGGGGUGCAUUGUGGUGUUACCAUGGAAACAUUACCCGGUCGGGUACCCGUGCUACCCGUGGAAAACUACCCGAACUCGAUACCCGAAGAAAAUGCUAGCCGACUCCACCCUAAUUGCAACAGUCCACAGUACAUGAUUGUGCAAGCUUGACAUGAUCCAGUCUCGUGGCACUGCAUAUUAGAGAGGUUUCGCUCUACGGAAUUUCGUAUGAAAAUAACGUAUGAACUGCACGGAAUUUUCAUACGUAAAAAUCAGAGCUGUUGGGUUUCGCUCUACGUGAUUUCUCCACGACUGCUAAACGUGCGUUGUUGCUGUGGAGACGCGUUGGCUGCACGCGCCCACCGCAUGCACCAUGAACCGAAACCGCGUUUUCCAUUAUAUUUUGCACGUGGUGUACGGUGUGUGUACCUUGUGUUUCGCGCGGCUUGAAUGUUGCCAUAGCAUGCCAUGGACAAAUGCGGAAAAUGCGAAAAAUAUUUCAAAAAGUCCUACGGAGGACCCAACGUAGGAAAGAGCUUUCCUACGGAAAUCCGUAGAGAGAUUUACGUAUGAAAGUUGCCCUCGCUCCCCGGCACGUACGACAUACGGAUUUUCAUACGUAAUUACGUAGAGCGAAACCUCCCUAUUCUUUGGAUGCACCUUCAUGCCUGCGGUUCAGAGAUUGUGUCUCAUACUAUUGUCUGACCGCAAUGUGUACUCAGCCGGCCAUUUUAUCUCGAUUACUUCUCGUUUUCAGUUCAUGCUGCUGAAUGGUUCCUGAUGCAUAGAUAUCGUGAGCUCUGUGACUGUCUACUAGUAUACAACCGUGCACUCUCUCUCUCUCUCUCUCUCUCUCUCUCUCUCUCUCUCUCUCUCUCUCUCUCUCUCUCUCUCUCUCUCUCUCUCUCUCUCUC